AUGUGUAUGCACACAGGGGUUGAUCUCCAGGUUUGUUCUUCUAAAAACCCGACAUGCUGUACCAAAAAGAUGGAAGAAAGAUAUCAGACUGCAGCAAAGCAGGAUAUACAGCAAGUCCUUCAAACAUCAAGCGCUGCAUUAAAAUUUUUAAUAUCUCGUAAUGCAGCUGCUUUUCAAGAAACCUUUGAAAUGCUUAUCAAACUGGCUGAGAAUUACACAAGCACACUUUUCUGCAACGCAUAUAGAAACAUGGCUGUUGAAGCUGCUGCACGUGUUGAGGAGUUUUUCACUGAUGUUGGGCUUUUCAUGUUUGGCACAGACAUUAGCACAGAGGAAUCUGUCAACAGAUUUUUUGACACCCUGUUCCCAAUAGUCUACAGUCACAUGAUUAACCCCGGUCUGACAGAUAUUUCACUGGAAUAUGCCGAGUGCCUCCGAAUGGCGACAAGAGAUAUCAGGCCCUUUGGCAACGUUCCAAAAAUAGUCGCGAGACAAAUGGGAAGAUCCCUUUUGCGCAGCCGCACUUUCUUGCAGGCUCUGAAUUUGGGAAUCGAAGUGAUCAAUACAACAGAUCAUCUGCAUUUCUCUAAAGACUGCAGCAGAGCUUUAUUACGGAUGCAGUACUGCCCCCAUUGCCAAGGGCUGACUUUAAGCAAGCCGUGUAUGGGCUACUGCCUCAAUGUCGUUCGAGGCUGCUUGGCUAACAUGGCAGAAGUUGACCUUCACUGGCGGGGAUAUAUUCAAUCCCUGGAGGAGCUCUCAAGUGCCAUGCAUGGGACAUAUGACAUUGAGCACGUGCUAUUGAACUUUCAUUCGCGUGUUAAUGAUGCUGUCAUACAAGCCCAUAUCAAUGGACCAGAAUUAGCUGAGCAGGUGUACAAGGUAUGCGGUCCUCCCAUAAGAAAGCCUACGCAGUCGCCAGGUUGCUCCUUUGAUCAGAAUAGAGAUAAUCAAGGGCUGAAGAUGUUCUCAAGAGACAGUGAAGAAACCCUUGCCAACAGAAGAAAAGAAUUUGUCAGCCACCUCCGUCUCUACAGAGCUUUUUACGGUGGCCUGGCUGAUCAGCUGUGUGCCAACGAGUUAGCGGCUGCCGAUGGACUCCCGUGCUGGAAUGGAGAAGAUGUUGUAAGAAGCUACACUCAUCGUGUGGUUGGCAGCGGAAUCAAAGCUCAGUCUGGGAAUCCAGAAGUAAAAGUGAAAGGAACAGAUCCUGUAAUAAGUCAAAUUAUUGACAAGCUGAAACAUGUUAUUCAGCUGUUGCAGGGCAAAUCAUUUCCUAAAUACGAUAAGUGGGAUCUAUGGCAAACAGGAAGCGGUGGAAGUGUAGACGAACAAAUCAGUGGAGAUUGUGAUGAUGAAGAUGGCUGCGAAGGAUCAGGAAGUGGUGAAGUAAAAAGAGUCCUGAAAAUUACAGAUUGGAUGCCAGACAAGACGAACCUCAGUGACGUAAAGAAAAUCCAUCAAACCAGCGAUGGCAGCACUUUAGACACGACUGGAGCAGGAUGUACAACAAUGCCUGAUUAUAUGACAUUUAUGCUGAUUAGUUUGGUAACACUAUUUCUCAGUCUUUGGUAACUGUGUAGCUCUGUCUUGAUAUAUGUGUCUCAUUGUCAUCUGUUUGUCCCCACUCAGAAACCUAGAAUAAGGGAUCUGGUGGACAGAGCAAUGCUGAUGAUAGCUUGUGUAAUAUCAGCCUCUCUGAUCUUAGGCCUGAAUAUUAACAAAAUCGUGUAAUAUAUUUCCUAUUUUUUAACACCUGUAUAGUUAUGAAAAAUUAUGUUUCUUCUCAAAAUAUUUUAUGUUAGAAAAAAGUUGACUUUGAUAAUCUUUAUAUUCAAAGAAAUUUGAAAAAAGAGAGAUCACAAAAUCUCAGAAUGACUGAGAGUGGAAGGGACCUCUGGCAAUUGUCUAGUCCGAACCUGUGCUCCAAGUGGAGUGAGUCAGCUACAGCAGAUUGCUCAGGGCUGUGCUCAGUUCAGUUUCAAAUAUCUCCAAGGAUGGAGGCUCCACAAUUUCUCUGGACUGUUCAACCAUCCUCAUAGCAAAAAUGUUUUUUUUCUCAUUUCUAAAUAGAAUUUUCUGCAUUUGAAUUUGUGCCCAUGGCUUCUUGUCCCUUCACAGGGCAUCACAGAGAAGAGUCUGGCCCCAUCUUCUUCACUUCCUCCCAUCAGAUAUUUAUAUACACUGAGCCUUUAUUCCCC